AUGGCUGGGGAGGCUCUUGUGCUGCUCCCAUGCAGGCUUCCAGCACCACGAGGGCCCCUCCCGAGCAGGGGGACCAGGGGCCACACACACUAUGAGCGCAUUAUGGAGCGCAUGCGCCCAGUACGAGUGUGCCCUCUGAUCCAGCAGGGGGCAGCAGUUCCAGCAGUGCAGGCUAAAUCUGAGCCCGGCCCCUCACACACUCGCACACAUUCAGCCUCCCCGCAGCCUCCGUUCACUCCGCUCACACAGAAACACAAUUCUGCUCUGGCUCUGGAUACAGCUCGCCGCCACAAUAGAGCAACCAUCCCGACCUACAGCGCGUUUUCCCGUGGAAUGAGCACUCCAUGCAGCCUCCUCGGCAUGAAUGACGUGGCCUGGCAGGAGCGAGGCGGAAUGCUGCACGCCAACGGUUUGCCUGAGGCGGGUGUAGUCCGAGUGCAUGGAGGGGGGCAACCACAGCAGAACCCUGGAACCCCACAACCCCCCCUCAGUGGGCGCUCCCAGGAUGACGCCACCGUGGGAUACUUCUUCCAGAGACAAGCAGGAGAGCAGCUCGGAGGGUGUGGCCCUGGGAAACACCGCUGGCCCACCGGAGACGCCAACCACGUGGAUCAGGUACGCACUGUGGACGAGAUGAACUAUGACUUCCAGGCUCUGGCUCUGGAGUCGCGAGGAAUGGGAGAACUUUUACCUGCUAAAAAGCUGUGGGAUUCGGACGAGCUGGCCAAAGACGGGCGGAAGGGCAUGCUGCUGGGAGAGGAGUGGAGGGACAAUGCAUGGGGCUCGUCUCAUCAUUCAGUAUCUCAGCCAAUCAUGGUCCAGCGGCGGCCAGGCCCGGCUUUCCAUGGCAACGGUGAUGCCAGUUCUGUGCUCUCACCUCGCUCAGAAGGCGGAGGCCUCGGGGUCAGCAUGGUAGAGUACGUCCUGAGCUCGUCGCCCGGAGACAAGAUCGACAGCCGCUACCGGAACGGAGGCUACGGGGGAGGAGAUGGUGAACAAGACAGCCGAGAGAAGAGUGAUGUCCCAGAGAAGGCUUCCCCCUUUGAAGAGGACAAGAGCUCCGAGCUGAAGGCUGCCGAGGAGGCGGACCAGGCCAAAGCCAACGGCAGGGGCCUACUCAACGGGAUGGACCGUGAUGGCAAAGACUUCAACCCUACCCCCGGCAGUCGACAGGCCUCCCCCACUGAGGCGGUGGAGAGGAUGGGUCCCUCACAGCCUAACCUAGAGAUGAUGGGCCCCACGCACUGUCACCCUCACCCUCAUCCUCACGCUCUGCAGCAGCCCACGGUGCAGAACAAGCCGCCACCUGAGGACUUCCACAGCCAGGAGGCCCAGAACAUGGCUAGCCUGGAGCAACAGCAGGGAGUCGAGUCUCUGCAGUUUGACUAUGCUGGCAAUCAGAUCCAAGUGGACUCUUCUGGGACCCCCAUGGGCCUGUUUGAUUACAGCUCACAGCAGCAGUUGUUCCAGAGGACAAACCAACUGACGGUCCAGCAGCUGACCGCUGCGCAGCAGCAGUAUGCUCUGGCUGCAGCCCAGCAACAGCACCUCGCUGGCCUUGCUCCUGCCUUUGUGCCAAACCCGUACAUCAUCAACGCAGGGCCCCCUGGAGCUGACCCCUACACUGCAGCUGGUCUGGCUGCCGCUGCUACACUUGCAGGGCCCACAGUGGUACCACCUCAGUACUAUGGCGUCCCCUGGGGAGUGUACCCAGCAAACCUCUUUCAGCAACAGGCCGCCUCCACUGCCAACCACAACGCCAACCAACAGCCGUCCAAUCAGGGACCAGCCACCGGACAGCCACAGGUGAUGCGCACAGGGGCCAACCAGCGGCCCCUGACUCCAGGCCAGGGCCAGCAGAGUCAGCAGGAGUCAUUAGCUGCAGCCAACUCGGCCCUGGCAUACGCCAGCAUGUCAGGUUAUCAGGUGUUGGCCCCGACUGCGUAUUAUGACCAGACUGGGGCCCUUGUCAUGGGACCAGGGGCCAGGACGGGCCUGGGGGGUCCGAUGCGACUGGUCCAGACCCCCCUCCUCAUCAACCCCGCUGCAGCAGCCCAGGCCGCUGCCGUGUCUGCGUCGAACUCCGGUAACAACAUGUCGGGCCCCUCCGCAAAUGGCUUAUACCGCUCCAUGCCUCAGCCCCAGCCCCAGCCCCCCCAACAGGCGGGGGGUCCCAGCAGCGGCCUGCAAUCUUCCUCUUUCUACGGCUCCGCUUCUGUGGCCAACACGUCUCAGAGUAGCUCCCUGUUCUCCCACACCUCAGCCCCACCACACAGCUCCUCUCUGGGCUUCAGCAGCACGCCGGGCUCCCUGGGCGUGGGGCUGGCCUCUGCGCUUGGGGGAUUUGGAUCCUCGGUGUCCAGCUCCAGUAGCAGCAGCGUGUCCCGGAGAGACUCUCUGCUGGCCUCCUCUGACCCAUAUAAGCGCGGGGGCAGCAGUCUGACACCCAUUGGACAGCCCUUCUACAACAGCCUCGGCUACUCGUCAUCCCCCAGUCCCAUCGGACUGACACCCGGACACUCCCCACUGACCCCUCCACCCUCACUGCCCUCUUCACACGGCUCCUCCUCCAGCCUACACCUUGGAGGCCUGACCAACGGCAGUGGACGCUACAUCUCUGCUGCCCCCGGUGCUGAGGCAAAAUAUCGCAGUGGGGGAGGUACGUCCAGUCUCUUCAACUCAACCAGCCAGCUUUUCCCCCCUUCCAGGCCGCGCUACAGCCGCUCUGACGUCAUGCCCUCUGGACGCAGUCGCCUCCUGGAGGACUUUAGAAACAACCGCUUCCCCAACCUGCAGCUCAGGGACCUGCCCGGCCACAUGGUGGAGUUCUCCCAGGACCAGCACGGAUCCAGGUUCAUCCAGCAGAAGUUGGAACGGGCCACUCCGUCAGAAAGACAGAUGGUGUUUGGGGAGAUUUUACAAGCCGCAUAUCAACUCAUGACAGAUGUCUUUGGGAACUACGUUAUUCAAAAGUUCUUUGAGUUUGGCAGCUCGGAGCAGAAACAUGCCCUGGCCACUCGUAUCCGUGGACACGUGCUCCCUCUGGCCUUACAGAUGUACGGUUGCAGAGUGAUCCAGAAAGCCCUGGAGUCCAUCUCGUCUGAGCAGCAGGUAAUAAGUGACAUUGUGCGGGAGCUGGACGGACACGUGCUAAAGUGUGUGAAGGACCAGAACGGGAACCAUGUGGUACAGAAGUGCAUAGAGUGUGUGCAGCCCCAGGCCCUGCAGUUCAUCAUCGAUGCCUUCCAAGGACAGGUGUUUGUGCUGUCCACCCACCCUUACGGCUGCAGAGUGAUCCAGAGGAUUCUGGAGCACUGCACCCAGGAGCAGACGCUGCCCAUCCUGGACGAGCUGCACCAACACUCUGAGCAGCUGGGACAGAAAUAUCAAGGCGUUUCAUUGGAGAUGGCCCCCAAAUCAUAUUAUUCAGUGUCCCGUGACGCACUGUUCAAGGACCAGUACGGCAACUACGUGAUCCAGCAUGUGUUGGAGCACGGCCGGCCAGAGGACAAGAGCAAGAUCGUGGGUGAGGUGCGCGGGAAGGUGCUGCUGCUGAGCCAACACAAGUUUGCAAGUAAUGUGGUGGAGAAGUGUGUAAUCCAUUCGUCGCGAGCAGAGAGAGCCCUGCUGAUAGAUGAGGUGUGCUGUCAGAAGGAUGGGCCCCACAGCGCCCUCUACAGCAUGAUGAAGGACCAGUACGCCAACUAUGUGGUGCAGAGGAUGAUCGACAUGGCGGAGCCGGCACAGCGCAAAAUCAUCAUGCACAAGAUCCGACCGCACAUCGCCACAUUGCGCAAGUACACCUACGGCAAGCACAUCCUGGCCAAGCUGGAGAAGUACUACAUGAAGAGUGGCUCAGAGCUGGGGCCCAUCGGGGGGCCCGCCAACGGCCUCAUGUGA